GACAGGAAGAGUUGUGGGCGCCGUGUGUUGGAAGUACAGUCAACAGUGUCAACUAGCGUACUGUUAGACCAUUGAAAUGGUGUUUAAUGUACACAUGGGACAUUAAGAAUGACCUACAAAGAUAUAUGUAGGACAACUGAGUACCAUAAGGGUGUAGACGACGGCAACAUAAGUGUACGUAAGGUUAAAGUGAUGUUGAUGUCAUGUGGAGAACGAUGAGUGUAGGACACAGAUGCUUUGGAUUCAGGAGUGUUGGGAUAAAGGGACUUUGGGGCUCCCUUGCAGUGCGAAGAUACAGCGCUCCAGCCUUUCCUGCGGACCCGAUCACUGCACUUCAGGCAGCACACUUAUGGAGGAAACACUUUGAAGAAAUGGGUGUGACAGAGCCUGACCACUCGAGCAAUUACAUCAUCGCUUAUCUGCUUGGAGCUAAAACUAUCGAAAGUCUAGAGAAGGGGAAGCUGACAGAUUUUCUCAGCCAAGAAAAAACUAAGCAGAUAUGGAAGCUCUGCACCAGACGCCUGUCCAGAAUGCCAGUCCAGUAUGUAAUUGAGGAGUGGGAUUUCAGAGAUCUGACGCUUAAGAUGAGACCCCCGGUGUUCAUACCAAGACCUGAAACAGAGGAAUUGGUUGACCUUGUGCUCUCAGAUUUGGAAAUGAAGCUCAGGUUAGGAGCGGGUGACGAUGCACAGCUAACAAGCUUGGAGGUUGGAUGUGGCUCUGGUGCCAUUUCUCUAAGUCUGUUGAAGAGUCUGCCUCAGCUUAAAGCCAUUGCUGUGGAUCAAAGUAAGGAUGCAGUGGAUUUAACAAUACAGAAUGCAUCAAGGUUUGGGCUUCAGGACAGACUUCAGGUGUAUCAUAUAGAUGUAACGAAAGAUGCUGAAGCCUUGUUGAACCUCCGUAAGCCUGUUUCAGUUUUGGUCAGCAACCCUCCGUACCUGUUCUCUAAGGAUAUGGCGUCACUGCAGCCUGAAAUAUACAGGUUUGAAGACCACGCUGCUCUGGAUGGAGGUGAAGAUGGCCUAAAAGUGAUCCGACAUAUUUUAACCCUGGCUCCAAAGAUUCUAUCAAACCAUGGGCAUGUUUACUUGGAGGUAGAUCCCAGACACCCUCAGCUUAUUCAGCAGUGGGUGGAGGUGAAUGUAGAGGAGAUGCAUUAUGUGGGGACAAGGUGUGACAUCAACAGCAGGCCAAGAUUCUGCAUCCUUCAGAAAGACGAGUCAAACAAGGACCACCAAGCUGGAUUUGGAUUGAGAAACUAAGAUCCUAUUACGCUGGCUUUAGCCCAGGUUGCCACAGCCGCCGCUCCCCUGCCCCCUCUGAGCCGCCAUGCACAUACACGCACUGAUUCUAUCACUCAAAGUCCCAAUUUGCAGAGGCUCAAAUGAUUUACAUAUCACUACUGCACUUUUAAUCUACUAACAUUUGUAAUCACAUCCUGUGGCAGGAUCAAAAAAUGUGUGCAAGAUGGCCCAAAAAGCGGGCUCAAAGCUGAAGGUAAUUACCGAGGCUUUUCUUAGAAACCUUCCUCUCAGAAUCUCACCCUCUUCCCAGGAAGCACUCAGCAGUUCUGUGAAUCCACUGAUGAACGGUCCUCCCCUUCACUUGUCCACUUGCUGACUCAGAUGCAAGCCGUGUAUGCAUUGUUGUGCAAAAAACACACAAUGCGUGGCCUUCAGUUCCUUAAACAGUCUGGGUCUGUCACACACUUUAAGCUCAAAGGCCACAAAGUCUUUGUGUUUCAA